CGCAGCGGCCCGACGCAUGGUCCAGACGGUGCGCGACUCUGCGAUACAUCGUGAUUGCAAAUAAGUUACUGUUAUUGUCUUCGUUAGUUUAUGUACUAAGUAGGUUAGUUUAUGUACUAAGUGGAUCAAUUUAAAAAUUUAAUUGGACAAGUUCGUGAGAAAAAAGUUCGGACGAAGUUGUGGACUCAAACUUCGCCGAUCAAAGUGUUAACGAAAGUGUUUUAAUUGAUGUUUUUGCCCGCGGAAGUUUAUGUUUCGGUUGCUGCUGAGUCCGGUCCACACGCAUGACGAAACAUGGAGAGCGUAGGCAACAAUACCACAUUAUAUGAUGAGGACGCCCUUUAUCCAAGCGAACUCACAGAACGCGAGUUCACUGUGGUCAAAGAAAUCACUACAAACGUAACGUGGCCGAUCGAAAAAUGCAUAGAAAUCCUCCUACUGAACGAGACAAAGACUGACGAUAUCAUGAGGCGUGUGUACACGUACAACGGAACACAAUUCAUGUGUUCCGAACACGCCCCUGUGCUAACUAAAAGCACUGUAAUUAGAGCGAGUAUACUAUCGGCGAUGGCCGUGCUCUCGCUCUUCGGUAAUUUAGCUACAAUAAUUAGCUUAAAGAGAGGCAAACGGAGUAGGGGGCGGGCGAGACCCUCUUGGACGGCAAUAUACAGCUUAAUAUUCCAGCUUAGCAUAGCUGACGUACUAGUUACUAUAUUUUGUAUCGCCGGAGAAGCGGCGUGGUCUUUCGCAGUGCAAUGGUAUGCCGGCAACAUUGCUUGCAAGCUGUUCAAGUUCCUUCAAAUGUUCGCUUUGUACUUGAGCACGUUCAUACUAGUCUUGAUUGGAGUGGACCGAUGGCUGGCCGUCAAAUAUCCCAUGAAAAGCAUGGCCACCGCAACGAGGAGUGGAAAACUAGUCAUUAUUGCGUGGGUGUUGAGUUUCUUGUUGAGUAUACCACAGGCAGUGGUUUUUGGAGUGGCUAAAGGCCCUUUCGUGGAGGACUUCUACCAGUGCGUCACGCAUGGGUUCUACACCGAAAGAUGGCAGGAGCAAGCGUACACUACUCUGUCCUUGAUAUUCAUGUUUAUCUUGCCUCUCCUCAUCUUGAUAUCUACGUAUGUGUCCACAGUGAGAACUAUUGCAAAGAGCGAAAAAGUCUUUCAGCCUGAAGUAAUGAGACACGGGAAUUAUUUGACUCCCGAUAUGAACCGACGGAGGCUGAUAGAUCGCGCUAAGAUGAAGUCCCUGAGGAUGUCGGUAGUAAUAGUCGCUGCGUUCAUCGUCUGGUGGACGCCGUACUAUGUGAUGAUGAUUAUAUUCACGUUCCUCAAUCCGGACAAGAAUCUUAGCGACGAGCUUCUAUCCGGGAUCUUCUUCUUCGGGAUGUCCAACAGUCUAGUCAACCCUGUGAUCUACGGAGCAUUCCAUUUGUGGCCAAAGAAAAAAGUGUCAAGACACAGUGACAGGGAAUCUGGUCAUCAUGCAUCACUUCUGCGUCGUGGAGACAACAAUACCUCAUCCGUGAGACUGACAACCAUUCGGUCUCUUCGGUCUUCUACCAAAUAUUCGAACGGAAACAACGUCAGUGUAUUAUAACAUUCGCGUAUAUGUCACCCGCGCACCAUGAAUCAAAGAUUCAUCGAUGUGCACAGUGACAGGCAGCCUAAUUGUGUUGUGUGUAUGGAACUUAAGAGUACCUUUAAGUAAGUGUUAUAAUAAGUGCUAGUGAAAAGAUAUUUUGUAAGUGAGAAUUAAUUAAAGAGAUUAAUAGUGUUAUUGCCAUUUUGUUA